AUGAAGACUGUAUUGUUUCUAUUAGUGUGGCUUGCGGUGAUUGAUGCGUAUCUUACGGGUGCUUCCUAUUAUAAUCAACAGCCUGCAACAAAUCAAAGCCCACUGUACGUUUUGACGGGUCAAAGCCGGGUAAUAUCGUCACGGCUGCUGCCCGCCGGAACCCCGAUCCCUCCCUCAAUUCCGAUGGUCCCCUACCACGGACCGAUGAAUGGACGACAGGUAACAGUCUACCGUAAGAUCCUGCGCCCGGUGCGGAUACGGUACACGUAUUACAUCGAGCCGCUCGGCCCCGGUUCCGUUGUCAGCCAAUGGACGGGCCCGCAAAAUAAUAAUCAACCGCAAUACGCAGCUCCGCGUCGCUAC